CACUCCCUGUGGAGGGAAAAUGUUCUGUGAAUACUCUAAGUAUGUAGCUGACUCACACAUGUAUUCUUUCUGCCAGACAGGCUGAUAGAUUACUAGAUGUGUCUCACACUGCGUUCACUGUAUUAGUCUCAAUGUGUGGCACCCUGCAGAUACAUUUCAGAUACUUUCAUAAACGGCACGUUAUUACACAGGACCAAGCCCUAUCUAAUUUACAACCAAUGCCUUUGCUGAAGUGACCCAAGACCACUUAAUCGUUGCCGGGGGGAGGAUGUGGUUACGAAAAAAAUUACUUGAGAGUAAAGGCAGUUGUGAUGAAUGUACACACUGUAUGAGUUGAGGAGUACAUACAGGCUUUUUCCAGAUGACUUGCUAAGUCAGUAACGCUACAGUCGGCAACUUCCACCGCCUGAGGCAAGCAGUGUGUACUUCAAAGUCCCAUCUCACACCCCCGGGAAAACAGAAGCAAGUGUGCAUGAAAACACUGCGGGUGGGUUACAUAUGUGAACUACCAGUGCCAUCAAGUGUUCGACCUGGGAAUGUUCAGAAGGAGCUUAAAAAAACAGUAGAUUUAAGCCAAGCCAUCUAUGUCUGCGUGAGUGUGUGCACUAGCAGGCAUAAUUGCAGCAACAUAUUUAAUAGCUAGCAGAUGUAUUUCAAUUUAGAUCCAAGGACUAGAUCAUCUCUGUGCAAAAAUUAACAACACACCCCUGGAUGCUUCCAACUGUGGUGUGUUGGCCUUCUCAGCCCUUCAGUUUUCAGGCUUUCACACCUCAUAAUUAAACAAAGAAUGCAGACUUCCCACCGUGCGGGAGGAGGAACACUAAGGAGACCAGCAAACAAGAAAACAACCCAGAAAAAAAGAAACUUGCCCACUUCAACUGGUCUGCCAUGCAAAACAUAGUCCUAUAUAUGUGACUUUCAAAAUAAAAAGACUAGGCAAAGGGGAAAAAGGGAAGCAAGAUUAUAUACCAAGGUGGUCCGCAGAGGUGGUCUCUGACAGUUUUUUAUAGCUGAGACUUAAUAAUCCUACCUGCUGCUCAGAUGCAGAGACCAGAGCUUUCUGUGCACGCAUAAUUGUGCACAAACACACACACACAUACACACAGAUAAACCUCCAUCCCUGAGUCACGAGACAUGUUUUAGUGAGCGCUACCUGCAUCUUUUAGUAACCUUUUGGAAACCACUGAGUAGACUAGACAACAACGGGGAAAAUCUACUAAAACAAAAUCUAUAUAUGCACUGAGAUUAAGCAAAAAGAUGACAGGAAUGACACGUGAGUUUGGAUUAGAGUAUUUAUAACCUUUUUUUUUAUCUAAAAGAUUUCCACGGAGUCCACAGUGGCAUCUUCACAUUGCUUCACAAACUUAAACCAAAGAACAAAACACAUCUGAGGAGGUGAUAGAAACAAACCUAAUUAGUGUGAUCUUUUUAAAAUAGUCAAUCAGAGUCAAACUUAUACAGUUGCAAGAAAAAGUUUGUGAAUAUCCUCAUAUUACCAGGACUUCAAUGCUACUGAUUUUUCCCUCUGUCCUAAUUGAAAACAAUCAAAAGUCUGACUAAAAUCAAAACAAGAGCCAAGCCCAUACGAUUAGCCAGUGUUAUCUGUGUAUCAGUCUAUCGGUAUCAGCGUUUAUAACAGCCAAUCAAUGUGAAAAAUAAAGACAGGACUGAAGAAACGCUUUUCAACCAUGUUCUGUGUGUUGAGGUUGUGUAGUAAAUAAAUAACUACACAUAACAAAUGUUAGGGAAAUAUGUUCAACUAAUAUAUUGUAAUAUCAGAUUUUUUUUAUAGAUAUCACUCUGAAAAAUCUUAUAUUGGUCAGAUUCUGCUAACAACAAACAAAAACUUGCACUUUACGUGCUUUUAUUGAACACACUGAGUAAUUACUCACAGUCCAGGCUAGAAAAACACUAAGUGUACCAAAUUCUCCAAAAGCUACUGAAAGUCAGGUGUUCCAAUUAACGACACGGGACUGGAAGUCUGGGAUGCAGCUGUAGCCCUUUCUUUAAAGACAUGCAUGAAAAGCCUAAUGUAGGUUGCUCAUCUCAAGAAUGACUGGCUAGUCUGAACCAGAGGUGGACAAAUAAUGUUCCUAAGGGCCUAUAUAAGAAACUAGGACUACUGUAGAGGGCUGCAGCAAUAAGCUGAACUCAGUUCUGCUUCAUUUUAAUUGUAUCUCUUUAUGAACCUUUACUGGUAAGAGUAGUUGUUACAAUCAGGUCUGAACCAUUCUGUGACUGCAAGAAAAAGCAGUACAGAGAUGCAUAAAGCUGACAGCGUGUCUUGCAAAUAUCAAACCACAGCACACAUCUGAAAGAGGUGAGAACAAGACCGAAGGGUUACAACAAAACACCUGCAGAAGUCUUGCUAAAAUGUUCGUUCAUCUUCACUAGAAAAAAAUUACUUAAUACCAGGACUUCCACCACUCCACUUCCCCAUCAAAAAACCAGCACAUGAAGCAGAAGAAAAGUCAGCAAUAUCUUGUAGGCAAACAAACUGCGAGCAGGAGGAAGCAUCACGGUUUGCGGCUGCUUUGCCAUGUCACAGGCUUGAUGCCAAUCAUUAAAGGAACAAUACAUUGAACGCUAUCAAAACAUUAUACAAUAAAGUGUCAGGGGAGGAGUCCAUGAACUGAGGCUUAGGAGAGUGGCAACAACAUAAUAACCCCAAGGACACAAAGUAAGUAUUAAGUGUUUUAAUGGCCAAGACAGUGACUUUAAUCCAACUGAGAUGCUACGGCUAACCUGAAGAGUGCUGUCCAAUCAAGAGUUUUAUAUGGGCCCUCUUCACUGUGUCAGCAGCUACUGUUGCUCCUUCUAUGAGUGACUAAAUUCAAAAGCUGACUUACUUUUAUUAGCCGAUACUGUGAGUGAUCACUCAAUGUGUUCAAUUAAGACAGAAAAACCACAACUGUGGGGUUUUAGUUUAGUCAGAUUAUCGCGGUCCAUAAUUGUAACUUUUUUGUAAAGAUGCAGAUUAGGCCACAUUUUAUGAGUAAUCAAUGCAGAAAUUCUGUUAAUUCCGCAUUUUUUUUCCAACUACAUUGCAGGAUAAGACUGACUCAAAGGAUUAACUGUGAAAGAAACAUCAGCUGAAGGCAAUUUAAUAUGAGAAUGGCAAAAAUGUGAGGAAAAAAUGCCAGAAUUAAUAUCUUGGGAUGUUCAAGGUGCUGAGGAUUGUGGAUGAGGCUUGUGUAUGACAUGAAUGACAAACAGGACAGGCCUUAUGUGUGCGGCGCCCCAGGCUGCUCUCAGCGCUUCCAGUUAGAGGAACAUCUGAUCAUCCACAGGCACAAGCAUGAGAUGACCCUCAAGUUCCCCUCCAUAAAGACAGAUGCAGCAUUCACAGACCAGACUCCGACGCCGACACGAUUUCUGCAGAACUGCGAAGAGGUUGGUCUCUUCAAGGAGAUCGAGGAAGAAUUUCUUCAAGCACAAGAGGAGGAAAACAAGAAGCAGUCGCUUUCUCAUAAUGGGCCCUCCUGUAUGAGCCAGCACCAGCUCAAACCCCAACUUCAGCUCCAGCACCCACCCCAGCCUCAGCACCCACAUUCCCAACCACCGCUGCAUCAUCCCCAGACUCAUGCACUGCAUCAUCCCCAGACACAUGGCCCCAUGAUGGCCCCUAGCUGCAGCCUGGCCGCCCAGCAAGCCCUGUCCUCCUCCCAGUCUGGAUCAGUCAUCACCCAGGCUACCUCCACCCUAACACACUCCGAGCCGGUUCCCGGGCCGCUGUCGUGCCUCCUUCACAUGCGGAACAGACACAGGCAGCCGCUGCCAGCCUCCUUACCUGGCACCCUGCCAGACCCCGCCAUGCAAGGGGCAUCUGCUCAGCACAUGACUAUAGAGAAGCAGAUGUCUUGUGCAAUGGGUAUACCGGCUCCUGUACACAACCCCUCCUGUUCUUCACCCCAGAGAUCCAAGCAGACAUUGGGCCACCAUUACCAACAGCAUCACCCAGGAAUGAUCACCAUCAAUAACAAUGUGCCACCCAUGGGCCACAUGAUAGAGAUGAUGCCACAGCGUCACCAGACACCUCCACUACAACAGCAACAACCACAACAGCAGCAGCACCACCACCAUCCCCACCAUCAUCACCAUCCUCAGCCUCAUCACUCACAGCUUCCACCUGUGCCUCUUACCUACCAACAGCGGUGCCAUGCUCCCCACCCACAGCAUCUUGGAAGCACCCAGAGCCACCAGCUACACCAGGCAGGGAAUUUACCACCUCACGCUCAGGCUCACCAAUCACCGCCUUCACACUUACACCCAGGCUCACCGCCUGCACCUCCACUGUCUGCUCCUGCGCAGUUAUCACCAGUUGCACAGCAGAUGCAGCCUUCCCAGCCAUCUCACACUCAUGCAAUGCAGGCAGUGGGUAGCUGCAGCGGAGGUGGUGGAGGAGGUGUAGGAGGAGGCGGAAACCGUCGAAGGAGGACAGUAGAGCAGGACCCUGACGAGCGAAGGCAGAAGUUUCUGGAACGUAACCGGGCCGCAGCCACCCGCUGCCGACAGAAGAGGAAGCUGUGGGUGUCAUCGCUGGAGAAGAAAGCUGAAGAGCUGACACACACGAACCUUCAGCUACAGAACGAGGUGACGUCACUGAGGUCGGAGGUGGGUCAGCUGAAGCAGAUUCUGCUCACCCACAAGGACUGUCCUGUCACUGCUCGGCAGAGGGAGGCACAGGGGUACCCCACUGCAGGGGUGAGCCCAGGAGGAAGUCCCACCCCUGCAGGUCCUGGGUCUCAUCUGCAAGCCAUCCAGCAUAACAGCAUCUCCACUUCCUCGACGUCUGGAGGCGAUUCGGGCCACGACCUCCAGCCCGGACACUAGCCUGCAACGUAUAGGUGAAAUCCCGAACUGGAUAGGAUGAAUUUAUAAAUCCACGUGAACGCUUGAGGUAUUUUUCAACACGAUCAGCAGAUUUUCUGUGAAAAGAUCAGAAACACUGAGCGAGAGAGAGAGAAAUCUGUUGCUUCAUUUCUCUAAACAGGUGCAUAAAAUGCCCUUUCUGAAAGCCUUGUUAAAACUGUGAUUUUUACAUGGCAACUGGAUCCUGUGUUUAUUCAGAUAAUGUCUGUUUUCUUUUGACAUGAGCCUAACAUUGCCUCCUACCUACUCGCUAUGCACAUACACAGUCAUGACACAUCUUUUUAGUAUCGUUCUCUGGCAUAUCUUGCACUAAUUCAGAAAAAGAGACUAUAACUUGUUUUUGUUUGUUUUAAUUGGGCAGCUCCAAGUGCACCUUUUUCCAUUUUUGAGCAGAGGCAGCUUACCUUAAAUAACACAACAAAGUUUUUGUUGUUUUGGGUGUUUUUUCUACAGGUAAUUCAAAUUAUAAGAUAAAUAUUUUAUCCUAAAAUUUCCCAUUUCAUUGAUUUGUAAAUAUUAGUUAAUUAAACCCGCAACUGUGUUGGAAAGCCACUGAAAACAGUAUUUUCUUUAAGGCACUUUUUUUGUGACUGCCCUGAGUCACUGAGUAAUUAUAAACUACACUUCGUGUCUCAGUCCCUGCUAGUUUAACUUAAUUUACACAAAGUUACACUUUUUGUACUGUAAAGACGUUGACAAUCGCUGUAAACCUAAUGCAAAAAUAAAAAAAUAUUAUUCUGGUA